GCGCUGUCAGCGCGAGCAGCAGCGGGGGGAGGUAAACAAGAUGGCGACAACCUGAGUGCUGGAGUAACAGGAGAGUCCAAAGAACUGACUGCUGGUCCGGCUGUCCCUCCAGAACCACCUGCUUCAUCCGGGACGGACUCCCGGGGGCUGGAGACACCCUGCGGCGGGGGCCGGGGUCCUGAGCACCGCGGAGAGAGCCGGCACAGAGCGAUAGAAAGGCUGCUGACAUGGAGAACACCUGAGGGCUGCUGGACACCUGGGACGGCUCGGUGGAGCUCCAGCGGAGUGGACCUCGGAUCCAGCCCUGAGGAAAUGUAGCAUGGACCUCUUGACAGAAAUGCAGAGCUGCGUUUUCCUGAAGUGAGACUACUUCUGUCUGACGCCGCCUGCUAUUUAUUUGAUAUCGAGGUGACGACGAGCUGAGGACAAAAACGUCCGCCACCGUGCGAAGCACUCGCUCAUCACCUUCAGCGAAAAGAGCCUCAUGUUUACAGUUUAGGAUCGAUCCCCACGCCGCCUCCCUCAGCUCUCCCAUGUUCAGUAUUCGGUCUGCGGAAAUACAGUAGUCUGCUCCCAGCCCAAAGGUUACAGCUGGAAUACUCCACGGGAGCGCUCGCUGCUAUUUGCAGACGGUUUUUGCACAGGAGGGGGAAGCUGCGGGUGUGGAGCGAUCAGUCAUGAGUACCGGGGAGCUGCAUCAUCUGGACUAUUUAAAUGAGAAUGAACUGAUGGAGAUGGAUACUUUUAUUCACCGCAUUGACUCCACUGAGGUGAUCUAUCAGCCGCGGAGGAAGAGGGCCAAGCUCAUCGGGAAGUACCUGAUGGGGGACCUCCUGGGGGAGGGCUCGUACGGCAAAGUGAAAGAAAUGCUGGACUCGGAAACGCUUUGUCGCAGGGCCGUCAAGAUACUGAAGAAGAAGAAGCUCCGGAGGAUUCCCAACGGAGAGGCCAAUGUGAAAAAGGAGAUUCAGCUGCUAAGAAGACUCCAACACAAGAAUGUGAUUCAGUUGGUGGACGUGCUCUACAACGAAGAGAAGCAGAAAAUGUAUAUGGUGAUGGAGUAUUGCGUUUGUGGGAUGCAAGAAAUGCUGGACAGCGUCCCAGAGAAAAGGUUUCCAGUAUUUCAAGCUCACGGGUACUUUUGCCAACUCUUAGAUGGCCUUGAAUAUUUGCACAGCCAGGGAAUCGUUCACAAAGACAUUAAACCAGGGAAUCUGCUGCUCACCACGGGCGGCGCACUUAAAAUCUCCGACCUGGGAGUAGCAGAGGCCCUUCACCCCUUCGCAGAGAGCGACACAUGCUGUACCAGCCAGGGCUCGCCGGCCUUCCAGCCGCCCGAGAUCGCCAACGGCCUGGACACCUUUUCAGGGUUCAAAGUGGACAUCUGGUCCGCCGGAGUAACACUAUACAACAUCACCACCAGUCUGUAUCCGUUCGAGGGAGACAACAUCUACAAGCUGUUCGAGAACAUCGGGAAGGGGGACUACACCAUCCCGGAGGACUGCGGCCCCCUGCUGUCCGACCUGCUGCGAGGAAUGCUGGAGUACGACCCGGCGAAGAGGUUUUCCAUACAGAACAUCAGGCAGCAUAACUGGGUGCGGAAGAAACACCCUCCGUCGGAGCCCCCCGUGCCCAUCCCCGCCAGCGCGGAGAGCCGGGACCCCUGGCGGAGCAUGACGGUGGUGCCCUACCUGGAGGACCUGCACGGCUACGGCGAGGACGACGACGACGAGCUGUACGACGGCGAGGACGAGAUCAUUUACACUCAGGACUUCACCGUGCCAGGUCAAGUGGUGGAGGAAGAUCAGGGAAACGCCGACCACGGUCCCGCCGUAGCCAAGCCGCUCUGCGUCAACGGCACAGAGGGGGGGUCUCUGAACAGCAAGGCCAAGGCCGAACGCCGCUCCUCCUCCUCCUCCAACCCCUCCCGCAAAGGAGUCUCCACAGCCAGCAAAAUCCGCAAACUCUCCGCCUGCAAACAGCAAUGACGCCCCCCGUCCCCCCCCAGUGCUCCGUGUCCUCCAGCAGCAGCUCACCGGUCCAUCUGCCCUCGUCCUUCUGUCUGUGGACUCAUCACAGUGGAGACAUUAAGCCCCCCCCCCCCACACACACACACACACACACACACACACACCCCUCCUCGGACCACUGGGACUCGGAGGACUCGGAGGAGGACAGCAUGAACCCUCCUCUCUGGCUCCCUUUAUUUUCUCCACAUAUCUGGACUCGUCUGGACCUGUUGUCCACAUCUGCCCCCCCCCCCCCCCCCCCCCCCCCCCCCCCACCCCCCACCCCCCUGCUGAGGGGCUGAACCGGACAUAACAGACCCCCCUCACCCCUGCUCUGCCCCCCUCCUCUGUAACCCCCCCUUUCUGUUUCUUUUGUUUUUACAGACCCUGAUGGCAGUUUUUAAGACACAUUGUGAUGUGUACAGAAUUAAACUAAAGGAAAAACCCGGUUCUGGAUAAUGUGUUUAACUGUGUGUGGAGGAGGGCUGAGGUGGUUCUCCGCCGUAGGGAGUGCAUGCUGAACGAGCUGGGACAGACCGACGACCGCUUCUUUAACUGUCAACUUCGUCUUAGGUCAUUUUGUUUUAUUUUAUUUUCGGUUUUCUUUUUCUUUUUUCCAAUGAAUAUUUUUUAAUUAUUAUUUAUAUAAAAUAUCUCCCAAACAGG